AUGUGGCCCAAGACUCUCCUCUUACUCCUCCCCACGCUCGCGGCCAGGCUAACCGCAGCAGCCACCCAGCUCAGCGACGAUGAGAUGACCAGUCUCCUCAACGCCGGCGGUGUCGAGCUAGCAGACCGCUACGCCCCGAUCUGGUUCUUCGGGCAGGCCCAGAAACAGCCCCCCUGCUAUCCCACCUGGGCGUUCGGAGGCUCCCCCUCCACGCCGGACGUCUACGACAGCGCGCACAAGACCCCACCCGCGCCGCAGUGCCAGUAUCCCGAUGUCGGUUGCAACUGUCGCAACCCCGGCGUCGGAAUCGGGAAUCCCGGGCCGGCAUUCCCAAUCUACUACACGUAUAAGAGGUGUAGCGAUACCGAGGUGCGCGUCGUGUAUAACCUCUUCUAUCAGAAGGAUGGGGCGGAGGUCGUUGGCAUCGAGACGGGGCAUGACUAUGACUGGGAGCGCGUGAUCAUCAUCCACUCCCGCGAUGGGAACGGCCUGUGGGCGCCGUCGAGGGCGCUGCUGUCUGCGCACAGCGGCUACCACAACAAGGCCUGGGGAGAUAUCCAGAACACGUUGACGACGCAGGAGAUCCAGGCGGGAGAUGCGAAGACUCCCAACGGCGUGCGCGGCAAUGAUCACCCCAAGGUAUAUGUCUCAUGGUCGAAGCAUGCGCAUUUCGAUACCCGCAACACUGGCUGGAAUGAUCCCAUCAGUCAAUCGACGGACAACGCCUUUCGGAGCCAGGACUGGUGGUACUAUGUUGACAAAUCGUAUUACAUUCGGGCAGACGAUAGCACGGAUGCUGGCAAAAUCCUCGGCUCGACUGAUUGGGGGCAUGCAUCGAGCAACCCUCCAUCUGUGCAUGCAGGGGUGUGCUCUGCUUCAUAA